GGCUGCUGCUAGGGGAAAAAAAGGACCAGCAGGGAAAGGGGGAACGAGAGAGAGAGAGAAACAGAGGGAAUGAAUGCGUUGCCUCUGAGCUGUCAUUUGUUGUGCUUUGGAAGUGAAGUUGCCUGGGAAGGAUGGCUCUCCUGUUAAUAUUUGUGGUUGUGCUGCACCUGGUCACCUUGGCUAUGCUGUUCAUCGCCACCAUGGAGAAGUCUUGGUGGGCGUGGGGAGACAUUGAGACGUCAGACCUCUGGCACAACUGCAUGUUUGACAACGCCACUCAGGCAUGGCUCUGUUCCUCACGCAAUGAGACUGAUUGGCUUCAGGCCGUCCAGGCUCUGAUGAUCCUUGGAGUGGUCUUCUCCUCCAUCUCCUUCCUGGUGUUCCUGGGCCAGCUCUUCACCAUGUCCAAAGGAGGCCUUUUUUACCUGACAGGCCUGUGCCAGAUUGUCGCAGGUCUGUCAGUGUUUGCUGCCGCUGUGAUCUACACGUUUCAGCAUCAGGAGAUACUUCAGGACACCCGUGAGGUCGUGCUGGGCCACUUUGGCUUCUGUUUCAUCAUGGCCUGGGCAUGUGUGCCCCUGCUGAUGCUGAGCGGGGUGCUGUAUGUCCAUCUGAGGAAGCGGGCUUGACCAGCAACCCCGUAACUGCUAUACUAGUUCAUUGGGGUGGGGUCAGCUUAGGGUCAGUGAAUUCCGGCAUGAAGUCAAGCUGCAGUAAGUGGUGUUUUUUAUUUUUUAUUAUUACAAAUGAAAAUGCUUCUAGACUGAGAAAGCAUUAUAUGAACGACAGCAUUUCCCAGUGUGGGUGUUGUAUGUUUCUUGUUUCUCUGUCACUUCAAAUGUAAACAAAAGCACUAAAUAAAACCCAUGUAAAACCAAAAGUGAAGAUUCACGUCACCACUGCCACCGUAUUUGAACCAUGAACCUUCUCCAUGGAUGAUUGGAGUACUAAUCACAGGGUUGACACAUAUGGUACUGAGCCUAGUUCCCAGUUCAUUCAGUGAGAAUUUGAGGAAUUGAACACAUGACCUUACUAUCGUUAGCACCUUGCUCUGCUACUCACCUCCCCUGGAGGCCUCUGUUACGCACAGAUUGCACAGGUAGAAUGUGGAGCAAACUGUUGAUGCUGUUCCUUUCAAAUGACGUCAUUAUCGUAGGCCAAGAGGCACCAAAACCCAAACAGUGGACCUCUAAUGUGGCUGUGAAAGGAUUAACAUAUUUCAUGUUCAACAAAGAUGUUUGUCUUUCUUGUGAUCUUUCAUCGUGCAGAUGUAAAGUAAAUGUCAGUUGAAUUUUGUCCAAUUUUAAGACUACCCUACGGAAACUGUUUAAAGAAUAUUUCUAUUAUGUUAUUAAAGUUUUUUGAUAGAAACAUUCCAAAAGUCCUUCUAGUUGAAACCAAAGUUGGUUUACUAUCACUCUUCUGCCUUUGUACACAAAGGUAACAUUUAUACAACUUGUAUUAUGACUACUUAUGACAGCACUUAUACCUUUAUAUAUUUUCUAAUAAACACAAAUUAAAUUAAA